AUGGAGCCCCUCGACUACCCCCGCCUCGACAUGAGCACGCCCGCCAGACUCGGCAUCGCCUCCCUGGGCGCCUUCGGCCUCGGCAUGACCCUCGGCGGAGCCCACGGCGGCAAGGUCGCGCAGCUGCGGUUCCGCGCCGAGCACGCCCACAAGAUGCCCACCACGACGACGGACUGGUACUUUUACCACCGCAGCAAGAAUUACCACGCCGCCUACGGCGGUCUCAAGGAGGGCUUCAAGAUGGGCAGCAAGCUCGGCUUCUGGGCCUUUGCUAUGAUUUGGCUCGAGCACACCGUCGACCGUUUGUGGAACCGAUUCCCCUUAACGACAGCAGCGCGAACAACAAAGCAAGCCCUCGCAUUCGGUCUCAUAUUCGGCGGUCUUCAGGACGGAUUGGGGCUCUUACGUGGCCAGCCGAUCAGCUACGUCGAGUUCGCGAAGCGGCGGCUAGGAAAAUCCCCUGCACGCCCGGCUGCGGAAAAGACGUGA